AUGGCCUCCGCGCCCCGGGACGAUCCUUAUACUGCCUUUCCCUACUCCGGGCCUCCGUCCUCAGGCCACGGCUCCGGCGCUCCCGCCACUCCCAUCCCCGAGCAGAUGAAUAUCGGAGCCGAGACGCCAGGCACGCCCGCCACUCCGUACACCAACCCGUUCUCGACUCCGGCACAGAACUCGUACGCUGGUCUUCCAACCGACUCUCCUCGGCUCUCCCGCCCAUUCCUCCCCGACGGCAAUCGCAACUCAACCGUGGAGGGCACCGCGCUCGUCUCAGAGAAGCCGUAUGCACCGUCCAGGCCCCGGCGAACUCUCAAGAAGUGGCUCCUCAUCGGUGGAGCUGCGGCCAUUGCCAUCUUCCUCGCCGUCUUCCUUCCCCUCUUUUUCUUGGUCAUCAGGAAGUCUUCCGGUUCUUCCGGCAGCGGCGGCAACUCUGGCUCGAACCCCGGUCCCUCGUCCAACCCGGAGUCGCCAACAGGCGCCACGAGCGGCACGGACGGUUCCGUCAUUGAGAUGGCCGACGGCACGACAUUCACCUACACCAACCCCUUCGGCGGUGUCUGGGUGUCCGACCCGACGAACCCGUUCAACAACAGCGCGCGCGCGCAGUCGUUUACGCCCGCGCUGAAUGAGCCGUGGGACUACACCAAGGACCAGAUUCGCGGCGUGAACCUCGGAGGAUGGCUCGUCGUCGAGCCGUUCAUCGUCCCCGCUCUGUUCGAGAAGUACCAGAACUCAACGCCGAGCGUCGCGCUUCCGGGGGGGCUUGUUGUCGACGAGUGGAGCCUCAGCGUCGCGAUGCUGAACGACACCAGCGACGGUGGUGGCAUCCAACAGAUGGAGGAGCAUUACAAAACGUUCAUCACCGAGCAGGACUUCGCGCAGAUCGCCGGUGCCGGUCUCAACUGGAUCCGUCUCCCUGUGCCGUAUUGGGCAAUUGAGACAUGGCCGGGCGAGCCCUUCCUCGCGAAGGCGGCGUGGAAAUACGUGCUGAAUGCGUUCGAAUGGGCGCGCAAGUACGGCCUGCGCAUCUACCUCGAGCUGCACACCGCACCAGGCUCCCAGAACGGCUACAACCACUCCGGCCGCCUCGGGCCCGUCAACAUGCUGAACGGCUAUAUGGGCAUCGCGAACGCACAGCGUACGAUGGACUACAUCCGGUAUAUCGCCGAGUUCAUCACCCAGGAGGAGUACGAAGACGUGGUGCCUAUGUUUGGCGUCCUCAACGAGCCUCUUUUGGGCAUCAUCGGGCGGGACCAGCUGACGCGAUUCUAUCUGCAAGCCCACGACAUGAUACGCGAGAUGACCGGCAUCGGCAAGGGCGCGUACAUCGUCAUUCAUGACGGCUUUCAGGGCACGGGCUCGUGGGCCGACUUCUUGCCUGGAUCAGACCGCAUUAUCCUCGACACGCACCCUUACGUGGCGUUUGGCGGCGACUUCAACCAUCCGCUCGAUUUCUGGCCGCAGACGGGCUGCAUUGCGUUCAACAGCAACGCGUCACAGGCCACGUUCGGCCUCACGCUGUCGGGCGAGUUCAGCGGCGCGAUCAACGACUGCGGGAAGUGGGUGAUCAACAUCGGCCAGAACCCGUCCGCGACCGACUGUGAUGUGUGGAACGACUGGGCGAACUGGACGGCCGACAUGAAGACGGGCAUCAAGAACUUCGUCAUGUCCCAGAUGGACGGCAUGCACCAGCCUGGCUACUUCUUCUGGACGUGGAAGGUCGGCAACUCGUCCGUCACGGGCAAGGUCGAGGCGCCAUUCUGGUCGUACCAGCUCGGUCUCGAGAACGGCUGGAUCCCGACCGACCCGCGCGAAGCGCUCGGGCUCUGCGAGUCGCUCGGGUUCGCGCAGAACGCGCCCAUCGGGACCUACCAGCCGUGGCAGACGGGCGGGUCCGGGGCGGGCACGAUCGCGGCGACCGCGCGCGCGUCGUUCUCGCAGUACCCGCCCCCGGCGAUCUCGAACGUGAACGGGGCGGACGUGGCGCAGCUGCCGGUGUUCACCGCGACGAGCGCGGUGCCGACGCUGCCCGCCCCGCAGUUCUCCGCGGCGACGACGAGCGGCGGGGACGGCUGGGCGGACGCGGCGGACACGAGCCUCGCGGCGGCGCCGAUCGCGGGGUGCGCUUAUCCGAACGCGUGGGGACCCCAGCCGGGCUCGACCGCGGCCGUGUGCGGGGGCGCGGCGCCGACGCCGCCGCCGUCCAAGUGA